AUGACUGAAACUACAGAAACUCCAAAAGCAGUUCUUAGAAGACUGUAUCCUGGAAAACGUUUAGAAGAUUCUUUUCAAUGGCCUAUUGAAAGUUUAGAUACUCUGGAAUCAGCGUUCAAUGUUCAAGAAUAUUUACAACAACUAAUACGAAAAGAUUAUAAUGAUGUUCAUCAUAUUGUUGAAUUACCAGAUAAUGUUGAUGAUGAAGUUUGGCAAUAUGAACAUUUAAGACAAGUUUGUUUAGAACUAAGCUUACUAGUUGUAGCAUUAGAAUCGGAAUGUACUAAACAAAAUUGUCCCGAAAUGAAAGCAGACGGAUGGCUAUAUCUUUGUGCUGCUCAUCCUGCUACACAAUCAGUACAUUGUCCUGCCAUAGAUUAUAUAAUUCAUACUUUAGAUGGAGCAACGAUUUUAUUAAAUAACUCCAAAUACUUUCCAAGCAGGAUUUCAGUUCCUGAACCAUCACUAAAACAUUUCCAAUCUAUUGCAAGACGUCUUUAUCGCAUAUUUGCUCAUGCUUAUUUUCAUCAUAGAGAAAUAUAUGAAUCCUUUGAAAAUGAAACUUCCUUAUAUGCAAGAUUUCUUUUGUUAUCUCAGACUUAUGGGUUGAUCCCAUCAAGUUUAGUCAGUAUCCCAGAUAAAGAAGAAUCCAAUGCAAAUGAUAAUGAAGAAGAUAACGAUUACAAUAGAAAUAUACCUCAUAAUGCGUCUGCCAUUUUAUUAUCUCAAGGUUCAUAA